CUGGGCAGCUCGGCAGUCCAGCCCGGCCCGGGUCAUGGUGGUGGGCCGCGGGCUGCUCGGCCUCCGCAGCCUCGCCGCGCUGGGAGCCGCCUGCGCCCGCCGAGGCCUCGGUGCCUAAGGCCGCUCUGCCGGGCUCGAGCGGAGGCGGCGCAGGCGCUGAGGCUGGCGCGGAGCGGGCGCGGGGCCGCGGGUGCGGAAAGCGCUAGGUCCAGCCCUGCUGGGAGUUUUCUACCACACACAUUUGCGGAAGAACCUGACCGUGGACGAGGGCACCAUGAAGGUGGAGGUGCUGCCUGCCCUGACCGACAACUACAUGUACCUGGUCAUUGAUGAUGAGACCAAGGAGGCUGCCAUUGUGGACCCGGUGCAGCCCCAGAAGGUCGUGGAUGCGGCGAGAAAGCAUGGGGUGAAACUGACCACAGUGCUCACCACCCACCACCACUGGGACCAUGCUGGCGGGAAUGAGAAACUGGUCAAGCUGGAGUCGGGACUGAAGGUGUACGGGGGUGACGACCGUAUCGGGGCCCUGACUCACAAGAUCACUCACCUGUCCACACUGCAGGUGGGGUCUCUGAACGUCAAGUGCCUGGCGACCCCGUGCCACACUUCAGGACACAUUUGUUACUUCGUGAGCAAGCCCGGAGGCUCGGAGCCCCCUGCCGUGUUCACAGGUGACACCUUGUUUGUGGCUGGCUGCGGGAAGUUCUAUGAAGGGACCGCGGAUGAGAUGUGUAAAGCUCUGCUGGAGGUCUUGGGCCGGCUUCCCCCGGACACAAGAGUCUACUGUGGCCACGAGUACACCAUCAACAACCUCAAGUUUGCACGCCACGUGGAGCCCGGCAAUGCCGCCAUCCAGGAGAAGCUGGCCUGGGCCAAGGAGAAGUACAGCAUCGGGGAGCCCACAGUGCCAUCCACCCUGGCAGAGGAGUUUACCUACAACCCCUUCAUGAGAGUGAGGGAGAAGACGGUGCAGCAGCACGCGGGCGAGACGGACCCGGUGACCACCAUGCGGGCCGUGCGCAGGGAGAAGGACCAGUUCAAGAUGCCCCGGGACUGAGGCCGCCCUGCACCUUCAGCAGAUUUGGGGAUUAGGCUCUUUUAGGUAACUGGCUUUCCUGCUGGUCCGUGCAGGAAAUUCAGUCUUGAUUUAACCUUAAUUUUACAGCCCUUGGCUUGUGUUAUCGGAUGUUCUAAUGCAUAUUUAUAAGAGAAGUUUAAAAAGUAUUUAUUCCCAUAA